CCCAGGAUGCGAUUGAUGGGUGAAUCCCCGGUUAUAAAACUGGGCCGAUUUGUCUCAAAUUUCUCAUUCCUUGAGUAGACUGGACAUUACAGACUGCACAAUGAAGGUGAUCAUCGUUCUCGCACUCGUCGCCCUGGCUUCGGCCAUGCCCAAGAAGGAGACCCAACCACAAGCCUUCCCCGGCCUAAACCCAGGAAGGAUUGUGGGAGGAAUUGAAGCCGACAGGAAUGAAUUUCCAUUCAUUGUCGACAUGCGCCGCGGAUCUCACUACUGCGCAGGCUCCAUCAUUACCGAAGAAUGGGUAGUUACGGCCGCUCAUUGCUCGACCGCUCAACCCUCCGCGUACACCUUGACCGCUGGAGACCACAACAUUGACGUUGUCGAAGGCACUGAACAGACCCGUCAAGUCGUGCAGAUCAUUACUCACCCAAGUUAUGGAAGCCCAUUCCAAUACGAGAACGACAUUGCCCUCAUGAAGGUCUCACCUCCCUUCGAAUUCAACGACAUCGUCAGGCCAGUUAUCCUCCCAGAGCUUAACUUCGCCCCGACCGCCGUUGCCACCGUUACUGGAUGGGGUGCUCUUUCUCAGGGUGGUCCAUCUCCAUCCGUCCUCAUGAAGGUCGAUGUCCCAUACGUGGAUGAUAUCGCUUGCAACGUCUCCUACUCUGGAGAUAUCGCAUCCACCAUGAUCUGCUAUGGUGAAGGUGGAAAGGACUCGUGCCAAGGAGACUCUGGUGGCCCAAUCGUCUGCGGAGCUGACAAGGCCCUUUGCGGUAUUGUUUCAUGGGGACAGGGUUGCGCUCAACCAGGAUACCCAGGUGUCUACACCGAAACUUCAUGGUACGGUGAAUGGAUCCGAACUGCCAUCACCCCCACUGAAGAAGAUCCCUCACCCGUUGUCGAUGUCACCGAAUGCGGAGGCCGUAUCGAUGAAUCCUCUGCCGCCAUCAACUACAACCUGGGAUCCUCCAUCCCUGCUGGACAAAGGUGCGUCUGGACCGUCAAGACCCCAUACGACUCUUUGAGGAUCGGACUCCAAGAAUCCGGCCUCGGCGCGGAGGACAAGAUCUACGUCACCGAAUACACCGCGACCGGACCAGGCAGACAGUUCGAACUUGCCGCUGCCGGAGAGGACUUCACCGUCACGGGGGGUCUUUACCUCAUCACCUUCAUUGCCGGACCAUCUGGUGGAUCCAAUGGAUUCAGCAUUCACUACUUCUCCUCCGGAUAUGGUGACUCGACCCCUGCCCUGUCCGGUUUCGCCAGCCUGUCCACUGCCACGGGAUCCUACUCUUACCCAGAGGGUGGUGGCCAAUACAGAAAUGGAGAGAACGCCGUCUUCAUCGUCAACCCAUCCGAGGCUGGCGACCGCACCUUGACCUUCACCAGGAUGGAUGUUGAGAACGAUUCUUCCUGCACGUACGACGCUGUCGCUGUGUUCGUCUGGACCAACAACAUGUACACUCAACGAGCCAGAUUCUGCGGAACGGCGAUUCCAACUCCAUUCCAAAUUCCGGGAGGUCUUGCCCUCGUCACGUUCACGACGGACAGCAGUGUGACCGGUUCUGGAUUCACCUUCGGCUGGGCUUAAGUCUGUUUCGUUUCAAAUUCGGCUUAUUUUUAGCCACUUUUUCUAAUACUCUCCUCUUGUACGAUUCGGUAUCGUUUUUUUUGUGAUAUGUGAAUAAAAAUUGAGUUCUUUCUGAA